AUGAAUGCACUUUUCGAAAAGUCUUGCAACAAAACUGGUGACAACACUCCAGCCAUCUGUAGUGAACAAAACCCCCUCUACCAGAUUGGUACUGCCCCUCAUAUUCAAUUUGAUAAACAAAAAAAGAUGAUUGUCCAGCCCAAGUUCAAAAUCCAUAGUGAAAAGGAUGCUAAAGUUUACCCAAACACAUUGAUUAAGGUAGCUAGCAGGAAUUGCAAAGCUGCGGCUGCCUCUGCAAUGCACUUAAUUGAAACAAAGAUGUUCAAUAAAGGGAACAUCAAUGAUUUGGUCAAGUGUUUAUUUGGAAAGUCUCUCAAUGACUUCAAAGGUAUGUGCCAUGAUAUCUGCAAGGAGUAUGAGCCUGGCAUGCACCAAAAUUAUAUGGUUCUCAGCAGCAAUAUGGCUCCGCACUUGAGAUGGAUUGGCCAAGUUGGUUGUGAAAAAGUCUUCCUUGUUGAUUAUUCAACCUGGCAGGCUUUUGUGGAUUUACUUGCAAAAACCACUACACAUAAGGGCUUGGUGACUACUUGUACCAAAAAUGCAAAGGAAAAAGCCAAGAAAGCUGCUCAGACCACAGCUUCACAGCAAUUCAUUGCAUCAGCCAGCAUUGCCACUGUGGCAGAAGCGCAGGCACCAGUGCGCUGCCCGCUGCUGAUUCCAGGCGUGCCAUGGGUCCGCUGCGUUGCCAAGCGGUGCGGUGCAGAACUCGUUGCACACAUCGGUGCUCAGGCGCUGCACACCGUCACGCUGCAUUGCGCUGCACGCACUAAUGCCGCACCAACCCGACCUCAGUCUCCUUCAACUGAAGAGACUGAUGCCAAUCCACCAAUUCCCGCUACUCCGCGUCAAUCCAGCCGACCACCGGUUGUCCGUAGAGACACCAACAUGUGUGCCCCAUCGCCUGAUAGCCGCCGUGCACUGCCGACUCGGAACCCUAUCUGUACACCCAAAAGCAACACAACUUCAGUUGUAUCAAGUCCAUCGACUGUGCGUGCUUCCAAGACUAACAAACGUAAGGGACUCGGACAAGAAGCUGAAAAAGGACAACAAGAACCAUCCUCUGAUGCGACAAUAUCCAAGGAGAUGGAAGUCAAUCUUGCUCAGGACUCUGAUAACGAACCAUUGCAUGGAAAAGAAGAUGUAAUCACUGGUACUCUCCCAACCAUCAAUGAGGAGUGUGAAGACAAAGUGGCGAUAGUGAUUGAUGAUACUGAAUCAGUCAAUUCUGAAAUACUAACUUCGGCUCCAUCGAAUGCGGUUGAAGAUCAUGACAAAGAAGAAAUACCUGAGGAAGCCGCCGAAAUCGAAUAUGACGAGGAUGCUGAGGAUGCACUAGAUUUAGAAGAUGCCAAGCUUGACCGGUUAGAAGAUGAGGAGUUAGCUGCGAUUGAGAAUGAAGGAGAUGCUUACUCAGCUGCAGACCGAGCUGCUGAGCUUACUACCAAACACAAGAACAAGCAUCGAAUACUGACCUUGAUGACAAAUGUUAUAGAUGCGCUUCUUAAAGCUGACCUUGACAAGGUUAAAGGGAGCGGCUCUCGACGUCGUGCUAGUGGUAAACCUUGCAGAUAUUUUCAUGAAAUAUGUUUCUCGCCAAGCGACUGGGACACUAUUGAGGAAGUCAACUCUGAGCUCAAGCUCGAGGCCGAGAAGUUACAAGCUCAAUCAAUCGAUAUUUCUACAUCAGAGCCUGACAGUACGGGCUUAGAUAGCGCACCAUCAGAUGUAUGGAAUGGCUACUCGCAACACCCCUCCCUGAAUGUACAAAUAUCUUACAAUGAUGAAGAAGUCUUGUGUAUUUCACAAGGCAACAAAAGUCAAAAACUGAGUCAAGAUGUGAUCCUCCAAAAUGUAGCUCAACUUGUUGCCAAACUUCCAUAA